GGCGGACCUGCGUCCUUCCUUUUCUGUCCCCCCUCCUCGGAAGUAGACGUGUUGUCUAUAUUCCGUUCAUUUUAUUUUUAAUAUCAAUUUGGAAGGAUCCCCUUCUUUUUUUCUUCCCCCAUAUAAAAAACAACACGGAAAGCAAAAUGGACGAUUAAAAAGGUCAAAAACAGAUUUGCCUUUUUAUUUAGCUUCAGUUUAAUGGACCGGAUGAUCGCCAAGUCGAACUGCGACUCUCACGGCUUUGCAGGGGAGGUAGCUGUGUCCAGUGGGGAGGUAGGCGUAUCCAGGGGUUGUGAUGAAACUUGCCGAACCCUUGGAGUGCCAGAGGUUGUCUUUUCUCCUGGAAAAGGCAACCUCUAGGGAAGCCAAGAUGUGGAAGGUCUACGUGCCAAAAAACCCAUCCAAUCAGGAUACAGACAUCUCCCCUGCUCAGCGUGAUGAGGCAGUCCGAUGGCUCUCUGAUCUGCACAGCAGCCUCAAACUUUACCCAGAGACCCUCUCCUUGGCCAUCAGCAUUUUGGACAGGUUUUUAGCAGUUGUGAAGGCCCGCCCAAAGUACCUGCGCUGUAUUGCCAUCGCCUGCUUCUUCCUGGCCGCCAAGACCAGCGAGGAAGAUGAGCACAUCCCGGCCCUGCGUGACCUCGCCAGGACCAGUGGCUGUGGCUGCUCUCCAUCCGAAAUCCUGCGAAUGGAGAGGAUCAUUCUGGAUAAGCUGAACUGGGACCUGCACACGGCAACACCGCUGGACUUCCUUCACAUUUUCCAUGCGAUGGUGCUGUCAUGCAAGUCCCAGUUCCUGGUGGGUCUGCUGGCGGCGAACCCGUCCCAGCACAUGGCACAGCUCACCCGGCAGCUGCACCACUGCCUGGCCCACCACACGCUGCUGCAGAUCAAGGGAUCCAUGCUGGCCCUGGCCCUCAUCACGCUGGAGCUGGAGAAGUGCUGUCCUGAUUGGCUGGCUCUCACUAUCAAUCUGCUCAAGAAAGCGCAGAUUGAUAGCUCCCAGCUCAUCAGCUGCCGAGAGCUUGUGGCACGUGUCCUGUCUCCAUGCCGGGCUUCCCUGCCUCCCAACACUGUGUACAUCUACCAGCCCCUCCGUCACAGCUUGGCAUCUCGCGGCUGGGGAGACGCCCCUCCGCCGGCCUCCCAGGCCGCCGGGGACAGGAGCCACCCCUGGGGUCCCGCCAUCGCCCUGCUCGCCCAACCCCCGAACCACCCGGCUCGCCCGCCACACUGCAAGCCCACCACCAAGCGCAAGGUGGAGGCCAUGGAGGUGGACGAGUUCUACGAUGGGAUCAAGCGCCUCUACAACGAAGACAGCGUCCAGGAGGGCGCCGGGGGGGAGGGGCAGGGACAGGGGCAGGGUCUGGCCUGCAGUACCUCGCUGGUUCGGCAGGAGGGCAGCAGCUCACCCUGCCCCCCGCUGCAGCCCGUCCCAGUCACCUAGAAGCAAAAGGAAAUUAAAAAAAGGCCUUCUGUCACCUUCCCAUCAGAGCAACAGGGAAGAAAAGGGAGCCGCCGCAGUCUCGGGCAUUAUCUCUCCUGGCUGGAUUGAGCCAAAAACACAAAAAAAAUUUGCUGAUUCAUAACCAUUUUCGAGCACAAAUACAAAACGUUAAAAAAAGACAAAAAAAAGUAUAAAAGCAAAUGUCCCCAAAAAAAGUAGAAUUACUCUUUUCCCUGUGAUUUUUUUUUUGUUUACAGCUGUUCGACUAAUGUUGAUGAUUGUCACCUCAAUCAUUUCCAUCAUCAGAAUGUUCUUGAGGUUUCAUCGCUUGAAAUCAUUGUUUUGUUUUUUUUUUUUCCUCCUGCCUAAGCCUCUCUCACCGCAUGUCGUGUUGGUGUUGUUUCAAGUUAAUCACAAAAAACAUGCUUUGAUGAGUACAAGUGAAUGCCAGAAAAUGUGUGUUGUCAAAGCGUAGAAAAGUAUGUGUUCAGCUGCCCAAGUGAAAAUACUAAAUGGUGAGGAAAAGUUAAAACGUCUGCAAUUAGAUUGUGUCAUCAUAAAGGUUUGAUUUGUUUCACCUCUUCCCUGCUCUUGGAGCAAAGCCCCAUUCACCGCCUUUCUCAAUCAGUAACGUUUAUCAUUUAAUACGGAUAAAAAUAUUCCUAUCACAAGUUUUAACGAAGCAUUAAACGUCAUUUAUACAAAAGAGGCAAUACAAUGUGUUACCUAUGAUCAAACCAGGGCAGGCAUGAUGCAGAUUCAGUUUGUGAAAUGUUCUUUAAAAAAUGCAAAAAUGAAGAUAUCAAAAAAAGCUUUGUUCAUUCACAUUUAUUUUGCUGUUCAUUCAAUACAAGCUCGCUGUUUUUGCAAAAAGCUCUUUCCGAAGCCAGGCUGUGAUAACUGCCUCUGUACUGCUGGACACCAAUAAAGAGAAAUGUCCCUUCA